UUUUCUUUAUAAUGUAUAGAGUCAGAGAGAGUUUGGCACUGCUUUGUUUCUUUUCCCCUUUGGACUUUGGCGUCUGGAUUUCCUUUUAUCAGCCAAUUUCCUUUUGUAAAAAAAAAAGAAAAGAAAAAAGAAUCUAACUAAUGGAGUAUUCGCUUGUUGGUUCCUUGAGGAAGGAUUCCUUUAUACCAUCAGUUCCUGGGAUACGUGGAAUAUGUUCGACUACUUCUUCUUCAGGAGCAGCUCCGGUUCUAGACUGCAAAAGAUGGAACAAUACAGAUCACAAACACUUCCCAAAGUCUAUACAGAUCUCAAGAAAACAGCAGCUUCUGAUGAGUACUACUUCAACUACAAGACUCGUUGCUGCAAUAUCUCGGGGAAGUGAAAAUGACGAAAUAAUGGUGAAUCCAGCUGCUGAUGUUCAUGAUGUGUAUCCUUUCGAAGCUGAAGAAGCUUCAAACACUCCAUUGACCUCCCUUCUGCACAAUUUAGAUGCUUUUAAACGGUUUAUAUGCCUGCACGGACUCGUUGCAACGGUAGGUUAAUUUAUUAUCAAAAGAAACCAGAUUAAUUCAAAUUUCAAACUGAAUCUACAAACAUAUAGAGAGAGAUGUCGUAUGGCUUCCUCUAUAUAGUUAUUAAUCCUGCCCCUUUCCCAAAAUUAUACUCCUUCCGUCCCAUAAUCAUUGUCCAGUUUUAAUAAAAUGAAAGAUUUUAUUUUUGGUCAAACUUAAUUAUAUUUUACCUUAAACAACCGGAUAUAUCCUUACAUAAGUAAUUAUUUAACCACUAAAAUUUUAUGGGUAAU